GUCGUGACGUAAAAUGUCAUUUAGAAAAAUCUCCCCAUAGUCUACGAAAUGCCUAUUUUGUAUAAAAAUUGAAAAUGUUCAAAAAAAUUGCUAAACAAAAUAAUAAUGCAUAAAAACGCUACAUUUAAGUAUAAGGAGCCAAAAAUAGUAGUAGAAAAUGAUUGGGACUAUUUUGAUGACCGGUGCGUCGGUGACCGCUAGCCUGUUCGUGGUACAGGUGGCUGUGCUGCCGCUCGUGUUCAAAUACAGCAAGUGUGUGCAGAGGAAGAUGGUUUUCUCCAACUGCAGUACGUUAAAUUAUCCCCGUAAUUUGGACUACGAGAAUCCGGCCAGCUGCAACGUGAUUGGCGGCCGCAACUUCAGCAUCCAGUUCACUUCCAAGGCGGACCAAUGCCCCAUCAAAAUCGGAGUGUGGCACAUCGUGCCGUGCUGCCUGUUCCGCGACAUGUUCGUUAUCAGAGACUACACCACCAUCGACCCCACCCUCCAGAUCCAGCUGCAGCGGACCAGGAAUCCUAUAGUGCUGUACUGCCACGGUAACUCCAACCACCGCGCGUCGCCCCAUCGCCUGCAGAUGUACAAGGUGUUCCAGAGGCUUAACUUCCACGUCAUCACCUUCGACUACAGAGGUUACGGCGACUCGACGCCGGUGCGGCCGACGGAGCGCGGUGUGGUGGAGGACGCGCUGUGCGUGUACGCGUGGCUCAUCGACUCCCUGGACCCGGAGAAUAGGCCCCCUGUCAUCAUAUGGGGACACUCGCUUGGAACAGCGAUAGCAUCAAACUUAGUGGCCAACAUGGCGAGACUGUGCGAGGAGCAGGGCGUGCCGGUGCUGCCGCAGCCGGCGGCGCUGGUGCUGGAGGCGCCCUUCAACAACCUCAUGGAGGAGAUUGAGAAGCAUCCGUUCUCUAAGUUGGUGUCCUGGCUGCCGUACUACAAGGAGACCUUCGUGAAGCCAUUCAACGACUCGUCGGAGUACUCGUUCACGACGGACCAGUACCUGACGGCCGUGCCUGCGCUGCCCAUCCUCAUCCUGCACGCCAAGGGGGACAAAGUUGUGCCCUACGAGCUCUCUGUUAAGCUGCACGAAACGCUGGAGAAGUCACGCGCGCAGCAUCCGCGCGCGGCGCCGCUCGUGCUGCAGUCGUUCGAGCGCGGCUGCGGGCUCGGACACAACAACCUGUGCGCCGCGCCCGCGCUCGACAACAUCGUCAGGAACUUUUUGACAAAAAUCGGAGUGCCGCCGCCACAGACCAACGAGAACACACAUUAAUUUUUCUAAAAUAUUAAUGUAAUCGUAGCACAAAAAUAAACUAAUUUUAGUGAG